AUGGUGCGGCACCUGGGUAGCGGCGGCGCUGCUGCUCCCCCCGUAGGAGGACGGGAGCCGCCGCCGCGGAGCAAGGAGGAGGAUGCGGGGGGCGCGGGACAGCACCGCCAGUGCCAGGCGGGCGCCAUGGAGGCGGCGGGCGCCCAGGAGCCCGGAGGCGGCGGCUGCAGCUGCUGCUCAGCCUCAUCCCGGCCGUACUGCAGGCUCCCGUGGGCACGGAAGACGCCCGGAACAAAGAAGAAAUUCACCUGCCCAGGACUUGGCCUGUUUUAUACCAUAUUGUCUGCCUUCCUUUUCUCAGUGGCUUCUUUAUUUCUUAAAAAAAUUGAAGAUGUACAUUCAGUGGAAAUCAGUGCAUUUCGAUGUGUUUUCCAAAUGGCAUUUGUUCUUCCUGGUUUAAUAUACUACAAAACAGGUUUUUUGGGACCAAAAGGUAAACGAGUUUUUCUUUUCUUUCGAGGAUUCCUUGGCUCUGGUGCAAUGAUUCUUCUCUACUAUGCUUUCCAAGUAAUGCCUCUAGCUGAUGCCACUGUUAUAACUUUCAGCAGUCCAGUUUUUACAUCAUUGUUAGCCUGGAUAUUUCUCAAGGAGAAAUACAGCCUUUGGGAUCUUCUUUUCACCCUCUUUACAAUCACUGGAGUGGUGCUUAUUGCAAGACCGCCUUUUCUGUUUGGAUCCAGUAUUACAGGGAUUGAAGGAAGCUAUACAAAUCAUCUUAAAGGAACAAUAGCUGCUGUUAUAAGUGCAGUAUCAACAGCUUCAACUUUUGUUAUAUUAAGAAAGAUGGGAAAAUCUGUGAAUUAUUUUUUGUCUAUUUGGUAUUAUGCAGUAAUUGGAUUAAUUGAAUGCAUUGUAGCACUGUUUGUAAUAGAUGAAUGGACUUUACCAUAUUGUGGUACAGAUAGAUUUCUCCUAAUAUUAAUUGGACUGUUAGGGUUGGGGGGUCAGAUAUUUCUCACAAAAGCAUUACAGAUAGAGAAGGCUGGUCCUGUUGCCAUAAUGAAAACAAUGGAUGUGGUGUUCGCUUUUAUCUUACAGAUUCUUUUUCUCAAUCAUCUGCCAACUUGGUGGACAGUGGGUGGUGCCCUUUGUGUAGUAGCCAGUAGCUCUGGAACUGCCAUUCGUAAGUGGCAACAAAAUUCAAAAAAGGCUAAAGAAAAUGAAAUCUAG